UACGUUCUACAUUCUGAUCCGAGGAUCAGCUGGAGGCAGCAAUAAACAGAAGCGAAAUCUGCAGCGGAGGAAAAAAAAAAAAAAAGUGAGAGAGAGAGCAGAGAGAAGGGGGAUAAAAGCUGCAGAUGUUAUGAUCUGAAAUCAUUAGUGUAAAAAAAAAUUGUUUUUUACACGAAGCCCUUCUUCUAAGAAGAAAGCCAUUUAUUUUUGUAUAACCGUGUUUUACCUACCUCACUUAAAGGCUACCUAAAGCUAUGCUUUAAGAAUUGUUGUCGUUUCUACUGUGUGUGAGAUCUCGUUUACAACUUGAAAUUUGCAAAGGCAGAAAAUUCACUCAAAAUGAAUAAUAGUGUUGUCUGCUGCAUGUGCAAGAUGGUGUGCGGACAUAUACACCAUAUCAGCUUUACAAGGCCUUUGUUCCAAACCAAGUGAAACCUUACAUUUGCACUACAGAAGCCUGUCCAGUCCUGUCUGUCAAAACCGAGAUCCAGCAAAGGGCUUCAAGUAAAAAAAGGAAAAAAUUGACUCAAAAGAUCAGACGAAGAAUUGCAUAAAACAGCAACAAGAGAUACAUAAACACAAAGAAGAAAUUCAAAUAGGCAGCUAUAGCUUUUUUUUCUUUGGUGGACAACAAAUAGCACCUGAGUCACCUACACUUGGAAAUCAUGUUUCAGCGUCUGAGCAACCUGUUGUUUGGGGAGGUUGAGGAGGUAGCGGCUGAGCUGAAGGGACCCAACCCCUGCGUGACGGAGGCUGACGAGGAGGGAUGGAUGCUCGUCAAUCUGCCCGAAAAGUCUGACUGCACAAUGCAGGCAGAGGAUGAAUCGGGAGCCCCGCCGAUUGCACAAUCAUCCCCAGACAGUACCCUGCCACUUCAUAAAGACACUCAUGCAAGGACUGAAUGCUUACCCCCCAUUCCCCACCCAUCUCACAAGCGCCGUAGGACACAUAAAGGUCAGGCACAUAUUGCUGUAGCAUCAUCAGACCCCCUGUCUUGCCCUAGCGCUAGCCCAUCAGACUUGGGUGCCAUUGCACCCAUGUCCCUGCCAAGGCGGGCCAGACUGUCCACGCCCUACUCUACUCCGUCGAUGUCCCCUGUCUCUGGGAGUGAGUGUGGGGGCAGUGGGGGUAGCAGUAGGGCAGGCUCAGAGAGAGGCUGCAUGGAUGAGAGCUGGUUUGUCACCCCUCCCCCCUGUUUCACUGCAGAGGGAGCUACAGCAGAGGCCAGCCCGAUGGAGGACCUGCUCAUCGAGCACCCCAGCAUGUCUGUGUAUGUCUCGCCAAACAACUUGUCCAUGGUCUCCAACAGCAACCUGUCUGUGGUGGGAGAGGAAAGCAUCGUCAGUCCGGCGAGCAGCAUGAGCAGGGUGACUGAAUCAGCAGCUGCCCACGCCACCCGCAGCACUAUUCCCACCAGGGUGACCCGUGGAGCAGCUGCCCAGGCUGGAGCCCUGGCCAAGGUCACUCAAGUGGCCAGGGUCCAGCGUUGCAAAGCUCGCAUUGAGAGGCGCCACCUGGGUCGCAACCGCAUCCAACGCCAAAACCGCACCAGGGAGCAGGUGCCGCGCCACGCUGCCCACGCCAGAAACACCUUCCUUCACCAGCCCAGCAAUCGUAACUUCUGCCACUAAAAACUCCUGAACAAACAGGGGGCAUCGUUCACUCUGAGGGCAUUAGAUACACACCUACAGCAUUUUUGCUUUCAUUUCUGCACAUUAUAUCAUAUUAAGUCAGAUACCAGUAGACCAGUAGCCCUUUUGUUUUGGUUUAUACACAAACGGACUCCACCUGGUAGUUCUGUGCCCCAUUCUGCUGUUAUGAAGCAAGCCCUCUGAGUUGAUCUUUAUUAUAUUUAAUGUUCAUUGCAGUAUCAAAACAACAAAAAAAUCUUCAAAAAUAUUUACACAGGUUGUACGUAGUGACUAAAAUGUCUGAAAAAUAGCCAAAAAAAUAAGCCCUCUUAAUUUUUCUUACCUGUUUUAGUAAUAUACUCUUUUCCUCAAGGCAAGUUUUUUUCUGAUCAAUUCGGCCAUUACAUCCCCAAAUACUUAAUAUUAAAUUUGGAGAUGGUGUGUAACUUAAAUAACUAAGUGUACUUUAAUCUUUGAUGAAAGAACAUACUUUUCUGAUGGAAACCAUGUAGGAUAGAGACAAGUUAAGUCUGAGCAUCUUUUCAGCAAAAACAACUCAUCUUGUCCUCAAUGCUUUAAUCCUAUCAAAGUUUAACUUUAAUUUAAUUUGGAGAAGGUGGAGAGCUAUACCGUGUGUGGCGAGAGUGACAGGAAAAUCACCAGACAUUUGUUUUUCUCAAGUUUGGUUUGGCAACAUGCAAAGUAACAGGCGAUGUGGCAACCCGUUUUCAUCAUAGGAAACUAAAUGCGGUGAGAUUCCUCUCCUCUCACUUUGUGAGGGUUGGGAGUAAGUCGAAGAUGGUGAAAGAACGAGCAAAACAGACUAAAGAGUAAAAUAAAUGACACAAUGAAUUAGAACUAGAUAGCAUUCAAAUGAACGUGGUUAAUAUGGAAUGGUCGUAGGAAAGAGUUAUGUAACCCUCAGAGCAGCCUGUGAAGUUAAAUUCAACAUCAAACUCUUCUGACGAGCAUCUAGAAAAUGUCUUGUUUUCAUCUUUCUCUUGAUAAUGAAUGAGGUAGUCGCUAUGAGAGCAGAUGAAAAAAGAUGUUAUGGGCAGCCAUAACAUGAAGAAUAACAAGAAUUAUAAUUGCAGUGAAAGGAUGUGGGGCUUGCCUUUGGGUUACAGGGUAUGGCAGGUUAUAGUAAGUAAAGAGCGGUAUUGAUGGUAACUCUUUAUUUUGUUUUGUUGCAGUGUUUUUCUGCUUAUUUUGUCUUGUUUAAAGACUAUUUUUUAAAGUCUCUCUCUCUCUGUGGUUCCAGCAAAGAAAAAAAAGAAAGUAUAUUCCUGUCAGACAAAGAGAAAAUACACAUUUUGACUUUUAUAGCCAACAUACACAUAAAAAAAAAAUAAAUAAAACACUUCUUGUGGAUCAUACACAGCACGUGGUCAUUACAUGUGUUGUCUGGAAACUAAAGUAACGUGCCCGGCACACAUCAGUCACGUUCACCCACAGUGUGCGCCGUGUUAGCCAUGUAACAACAGAAAGAAAGAACCAUCUAUUUACACAUAAAUCCCUCUUCUUGCAAAAAUAAGUCCUUGACUUGUUAGGGGAAAAAUAAAGGGAAGCAAACAUCUCCUUAAAGCCCGACGACAAGCAUCUAUCUUCCCUUUACAUCUUGCUUAUGGACCAUGCAACAGGUUUCUUUAACAUCUACUCCAUCACUGUCUGUCCCUUUCUCUUUAGCGCAUCCAACAGCGUCCACUUAAAGAUCCUGAUAUGUGUUCAACAACAAUAGUAAACAAUGGUGCUGAAGUGUAUACUAAUGUUUGUAAAUUAUUUGAGACACGUAUGUAAGUUUGCACUGUCAUUCAUUUUGUGACUUCAAAGUUUGUAGCGGUGUGCUGUGUGCUUGUUUGGUUUUUGUUUGGUUUUGAAUUUUCAGUUUUUUCCUUUUUGUUUGUGUGUGAGAAGGUGUACUGACACGUGAACUGCUAGGAACUCUAAAGAAAAUAAUGAUACACGAAUAAUGAUCGUUCAUUUCUCUUGUAAAUAUAUAUAUAUAUAUAUAUAUAUAUAUAUAUAUAUAUAUAUAUAUAUAUAUAUAUACACAUAAAUUUAAAAAAUAAUUAUAACGCUUCGUUAGAUGUCAAAGCCUCUCAGGAUUUGAGUUCACAACAUUGUGUCCAAUGGGACUGAUGAGAAUUCUCUCUGCCUCACCUCUGUGCUCAUCAACAAACCAACAGGGGCGUUCCAGUGGCCAAAAGUGUUGGUUUUGCCCCAACUUCCGUCUCAUCCUAUUGAGAUGCACCAUACACUAAGCAGCACAAGACUCAGAGCUGACGUGCCAUAGAACACACUGCCCUCCAGAGGGUCCACUGUAGCACUGCAUCUGCUGCACGGUCGCUGGUGAGGACACAUGUACAAUGACAUGGUUUUAAUGCAAUCUGAGCUGGUGUGUUCAAAGGACAGAACGAGAGAGUGUGGGGAUGUCUUUUUUCUCACUUCAGAUAUAUAAAUCCAGAUAUACAAGAAGAAUUAUUUUCCCUUGAAUCACCUAUACCAUUUUUAUUUCCAUUUCUGCCAAUGUUCUUUUUAAUGUUACUGUUUAAUUUAUAGUAUAAUUAUGAAACGAAAUAUCCUGUUGAUUCCACUCAGUGAAGGGAAUGUAUCUGAGGUGAUCAGUCUAAUAUGUGCACGCGUGCACGCAAGCACACACACACACACACACACACACACACACACACACACACACACACACACACACACAGUGAUCUCUCUGAUAAUUGGGCUUCCUCACAUCUUAGGGGCUUGCUAUUCUGAUUGUGUCAGAGGUUGAAUUUCCUUCAUCUGUCGUCAAAAUAAAAGUAGGUAGAUUGAAAACAGGGUAAUAAUGAGAGAGCACAGGUGGAUGUGUGUGCUCGUGUGUGCGUUUGCAAAAUGUAAAUAUCACCACAGAUACCUCUGCCGCUGCAAUCCUGUCAUGUUUUCCUCAAUUUUUAUUUCAUCCAUAUCUCACCAGUGUCGUGUAAAAAAAGGCUACGUGUUCUCGGUAUGUCGUGUGUGUGUGUUUUUGAAAGGUGUGGUUUGAGAGUGGCAGUCAUCCAAUAAUGGGGAGAGGAAGUGGUCCCCCAAAACGGGGAAACCUAUAAGACAUGGGAGAUGUGGUCAGGAAAACGAUGAGGCAGAAGACAAAUAGUUUAUAUAUUUAAAAAAAAGAAAAACUAAAUGUAUCUGAAAAAUACAAUAGAAUAUGCUUGUAUUUUCCCAUGUAGUUAUUAGAACAGUUGUUCACCAAUAACAUGUUUUAAAUGAAAGCUGUUGAAUGUCUGGGGAAUGUCAUAUGUUUUGUGUUGUGCCCUGAAAUGAUGGCAGCUUAAACACACUUGGGGUUUUACCCAUGUUAAAUCUCAAAUAAAUUCACCCCCCCCCCCCC